CUAGGAUUCCAGCAGGCCGCCUCAGUCAUUGUGGAUCCUACGCCCCAAAAACACACACAUACGGACAACAACGGCCAAACACGGCCCUGUCAAUUGUGAAUAAUUGUAAAGAAAAACAUCGACGAAUUGAGCUACCAAAUCAAGUGGUUUUAAAGUAAUCGAGAAAAUAUUUUUGAUCGUGUGAGUGUUUGAGACGAUUGUUCUGUGGUCAGCGUUUUUGUCUUUUCUUGUGCUAGGAUUUUUGUUGUGAUGAAAGGGACAAGUGGAAAGAAUUAUCGCUUAUGACGACAUUUUCUUGGUGUAUAAGUGACCUAAUUAUUAUGGGGAAGUAUCAGUACGUCUGAAGACACGAUAAAUUAUAUUGAUAUAAAAAUUCCCGAGGCUAGGAGGAUGAGAAGAGCCUAGCAAAUGAGAGUCCCAAGUCCUAAGCUAUAGAUGUUGUUGGAAAUGUUCCCGUCAUUCUUGCCAGACUUUAGAUCAGCAGUGUCUGACAAGUCUGAGGCUACGGUCAUGAUGGAGAACUGGGAUGGCUGCUGUUGUUGUAUGUGUGAUGUCACUUGUGCCGCUAGUGUGUGUGACGUCACUUGUGCCGCUAGUGUGUGUGAUGUCACUUGUGCCGCUAGUGUGUGUGACGUCACUUGUGCCGCUAGGAGUGGAAUGGUUGAUGUCACCUCGCGCACUACGGGGCGUACAGAACGCGCUGUCACCUGUGAAAUGUCUGGGGUUUCAUGCUCCGCCAGAGGUCACUCGGGUGGCACAGGUGUCACCAGCUCGACCAGAGGUCACAGCUUGACCUGGCCGUGGGCGCUGGUGGCUGUGCUGGCGUGGGCGGCGACGACGACCCUGGCUCACCCGCCUCCACAACAAACUCCAACCAUAUGGGAACACUUCUUUGUUGAUGGGUGCAACAACACCUCCGACAGGAACCUGACCAAGGAGCUGGACCUACGCAGUCUGCUGGACGGGUUCUACCUGGAACUGGACAUCUACGGCCACAACUCUCCAAGACUCGUGGCCAAAUCCUACGAGCACUGUCGGCUGCCUUCAGGAGCCCUCUACCGGGCCUUACUCUCAGGCACGCACAAGAAGAACGUUGUGGUAGCCUUUUCUGAGGUCCCGGACGAUCUUGUUGGGGAAGAAGACGCUGGAGAAGGCGGAGGAGUAGCAGAAGGAGACACUGGUGGUGCAACAGGAGGAACCAAGAACAUCCACAAGUGUAAACUACCUCUUAACAAGCCAAUAACUCUACUCUCGGGAUACGGGUUUCUUUCCUGUAGCGAGGCGGGGCAGCAGAGGGCGUCGUCGCUGCAGGCAUGGCGGGAAGACGUACAGGCGGCUGAAGAUGAAAUUAUAUCAACCAGGACGAAAAUCAUGGGAGGUGUGGGUGGAGGAAUGGCUCUGUUGCUGUUGGGAUGCGCAGUGUGCGUAGUGAUGCGCGUGCGCAGGUCUCCCCGGGAGGACUACGCCAGCCGCGGGAGGCGGCCAUCACAACAAAGUAUCAAGACCCGCACCACGGGAGAGUUUCCCAGCUCCACCACGCGCUCUCUCCAGAGAGUCAAUCAAUCAUCAGCACACCAGAAAGUUUUAGCCUCUGCGUCAGCCGGAUUAACUGGAUCUAAGCGCCUUCGACAGAUGUGUCCGGUUCGUCAUGUUUUGUAGCCUGAUCGUGCUGCUGCCUCUGCUGGCCCUCGUGGCCGGCCAGACGGCUCCGUGUCGUUGUGGUCUCUUCGUCCCAGAGAACCAUCACGAGACGCCUGUGUACGAACUCCACACGACCUACGUGUCGGGGUGCGACGACCACGAGGCCUGCUGGGCCGCCUGCUCCGAGGAGUUCGAUGCCUUCAGCACCGGCGGGGACCUCGACUCCGUCCCUGAAGGAAGUGACACCUCCCUCGGGCAACUUCUCUGCUACAAUCUACACAUUCAAGUGGAAAAUGAAUACGUUUUCGUCUAUUCCAAACUGUGUGGUGAACCGUGGGAGCCGACAGGUACGACCUCGGUAGAAAUGUUGUGUUGUGGCCACCAGCACGCAUACCAGCCGUGUUAGGUGCUAUGUUGUCAGCAUAGUGGGUAUACCAGCCGUGUUAGGUGCUAUGUUAUCAGCAUAGUGGGUAUACCAGCCGUGUUAGGUGCUAUGUUGUCAGCAUAGUGGGUAUACCAGCCGUGUUAGGUGCUAUGUUAUCAGCAUAGUGGGUAUACCAGCUGUGUUAGGUGCUAUGUUGUCAGCAUAGUAGGUAUACCAGCUGUGUUAGGUGCUAUGUUGUCAGCAUAGUAGGUAUACCAGCUGUGUUAGGUGCUAUGUUGUCAGCAUAGUGGGUAUACCAGCUGUGUUAGGUGCUAUGUUGUCAGCAUAGUGGGUAUACCAGCCGUGUUAGGUGCUAUAUUGUCAGCAUAGUGGAUAUACCAGCUGUGUUAGGUGCUAUGUUGUCAGCAUAGUGGGUAUACCAGCCAUUAUAUAUGAAGCAUCUCUCUCCUACUCCACUAUGUAACUAGCAAUUAAUUCAAAAAUGUGUUCGUAAAUGGGACAUAAAUAAGGUAUUAAAUAUAUUAACACAAAAUACAACUCGAAUCAAUAUAUAUAAAUUGGAUAACCUUAGAUUCAGAAAAUGCCUGGGUAAAUACUGGUUAAGAAACGCGAUUGUUGAUUUGAUGGAACAAACGUAGAAUCGCUGUACUGUUUCAAGUGUAGGUUAGACAUGUAUGCGAGUGAGUUUGGGUGGAUAUAGAUAGAAGCUGCCUCGUAUGACCCAACAAGCAGUUUAUACCUUAUUCCAAUGUUUACCUUGGGCUAUAAGAAAUAAAGUGAAUCUAUUGUA